AUACAAAGAGGAGAGUCUCUAUUUAAAGGAUACAACUCGGUUUCAGCAGCAGCAUUACUUCACUAAGAGUUAGGUUGGAAUACUGCAAAACCACUAGGCUAUUUUUUUUUCCCCUGGAUUUUUUCUAAUGAAUAUGGGAAGAGGAAACAGUGCUUUACUGGCGAUUGUAUGGAUAUACGUGUUAAAAACGUGCGCAAGUCUUACAAAUAGUACAACCGAACCAAAUUUUUUAACUAACAGCACGGAGUGGGUUGUCGACUACAGCAACAUUGAAUCCAAGUUCUCUCUGCGCACGCCGGAGGUUCCCGACGAUGACACCUGUUACCUGGUCCCGGGACAGCCUGACACCAUCGCGCAAUGCAAAUUCAACCAGACUAUAAAGACCUUUGUGGUCAUCCACGGAUGGACGGUGACUGGGCUGUUUGAGAGCUGGAUCCCCAAGCUGGUGGCAGCGCUGUACGAGAGAGAGCCCCACUCCAAUGUAAUCGUGGUGGACUGGCUGCACCGAGCGCAACAGCACUACCCCACCUCCGCUGCGUACACAGAGCUAGUGGGGCAAGACGUGGCCAAGUUCGUGGACUGGGUGGAGAGUGAAAUAAACUACCCUUUGGAGAUGUUUCAUCUGCUGGGGUACAGUCUUGGAGCUCACGUUGCGGGCAUUGCUGGCAGUCUCACAAACAACAAGGUCAACCGAAUCACAGGCCUCGAUCCUGCCGGCCCCACGUUUGAGUAUGCGGAGGAGCAGCGGCGGCUCUCCCCGGACGAUGCUAACUUUGUGGAUGUGCUGCACACCUACACCAGGGGCUCCCCCGACCGGAGCAUUGGUAUCCAGAAACCAGUGGGCCACAUUGAUAUCUACCCCAAUGGGGGGGUCUUCCAGCCAGGCUGUGAUCUGCACAAAGCCAUGCUCAUGAUUGCUGCCAAUGGAUUUGCAGAUAUGGACCAGAUCGUGAAAUGCUCCCAUGAACGCUCCAUCCACCUGUUCAUCGAUUCGCUGUUGAACGAGGAGAAGGCGAGCAUGGCGUACCGCUGCAGCACCAAGGAAGCCUUCGACAAGGGACUCUGUCUGAGCUGCCGUAAGAACCGCUGCAACACCCUGGGCUACGAUGUCAACAAAGUGAGAAACAAGAGAAGCGCCAGGAUGUAUCUGAAGACCAGGGAGGUGAUGCCUUACAAAGUUUUCCACUUUCAGAUCAAGGUGCAUUUCUUCAACAGGAUAAACAUCUCCUUCACGGAUCAGCCAAUCACGUUGUCUCUGUACGGCACACAAAAUGAAGUCCAGGACAUUGCCCACUCCCUACCUGACAUGUCAACCAACAAAACCAUCUCGUUCCUGGUGACCACCGACGUGGACAUUGGAGACCUUCUCAUGGUGAAGAUGAAAUGGGAGAAGGAUUCCUACUUCGGCUGGUCCGACUGGUGGGGAAGGAACAACUUUAACAUCCGCAAGCUCAGAGUGAAAGCGGGAGAAACGCAGGAAAAGGUGGUGUUUAGUGCCAAAGAUGGUGAGUUUGCAGAUCUGAAGAGAGGAGGGGACUUUUCUGUCUUUGUGAAAUCUAAAGAAGACCAGGUUCGCAAGAGGCGUGCAAGGCAUCACGAACGCAAAAGACCUGGUAAGCGUUGGAUGAACUCCAGUUGAAUAUGAUGCAAAGAAUGAAAAAGCAACAUUGCCUUGCUAUGGAUUAUUGAAACAAUGGGAGAAAGAACUGGAAGCUAGUUAUUGGACAACGACUGGCGUGCCAUUGCCUUGGUUAUUUCUAAGCACAAUAUAAAGCUGUUGAGCAUUUCAAUAGAGUUGCUCACUUAAGUAUUCUGACAAUACUCAUUGUUACCUGUAUCUUUUUCAUUUUUGUUCCUACUGUUUUAGAUCACUUUACCUUUAUGAGGGGGACUGGGUCAUAUUUAUCACUUGUCACCAAUGUUCUUUACCUUUUUACUGGAGUUCUGAUAUCUGGUUAUUGAUUUCCUCUUCUGUGUAAAAACUGAAAUUAAAUUGGUCUCAUAUAUAUAAAAAAAAUUUCAUAGGGCAUGGAGUGUAAGAUGAUUUUUAACCAAGUAAUUAAGUUUCACAAAAACAUUUAUUAAAUACUAAACACUUGUUACUAACUGAAACAUGCAUGCACAAACUUUAUUUUUUUUAAUGUACAGACAAAGUCUGUAAAUUAAUCCACCAAAGUGUGUUUUUUUUUUUUUUUUUUAGAAAGUAUUUGGGCUUCAACCACGAGACAAGUUUGUCCUGUGGGAUCAGAGGGCCCAACAUUUUAGCUUUAAAAAGUUAUCUGUAAAUUGAGACUUCUUGUCUGGUGUAUCUGUUUAUAUGGAGAUCAUUUAUUGAAAACAAUCUCUCCAAUCCAGUUUGAUUUAAGUGAAAUUUCUUCCAAAGAUUAUAUGUUUAACAUAUCAGUAUUUACCAAGAGUCAAAGAAUAUAAAAAAGGGAACUUAGUCUAUCGUGUAUCUCAAAGAGACUUGGAAAUGAAUUUGUCAUGUAUAUAUUUGUGUAAUAGACUGUGUAUAUAUUUGCUAGUUCUCCCUUGCCCACCUAUAUUUUCCCGAGCUAUAGUGCUUGGCUUUUUUCUUUAUUUUUGUAUGCUUUUACUCAUGCCACUCAUUGACACAAAGGGUCGAAAUAGUCACAGAGCGAUCUAACAUGUGCUGACCAGAGCAAAACCUGCCGUGAACAAGGAAGGGAAAUGCUGCAUGCCUUAGGGGUUAGGCUGUUGCAUAAGAAGCUGCAAAAAAAAAAAACUGUUUGUAACUGUGUUAAUACUUUAUACACAUGAUAGUGUAUUAAAGCACUUGCAUUAGCACAGUAGAGUUGGGUGUUGACAGAGGCACAAUAUAAACCCUGUCUUGUUCUAAAUUGGUUCACAAGAUGAAAUUGUAUAUGCCUGUGCUGAAGUUGAAAACAGUGUAGGGGUUGACAGUAGGUGUUCAAGCUUGUUCUGUAUUUUGUUUGAGUGGCAGGUUCUUGAAACCAGAUUACAGUAACUUCCAUUAUGUUGGCUAGGUUUGAAGAUGUCUAGCAGUAGACUCUCGUCGGUUUGCUAGAAGUACUUGAAUGGGAUCGCCUGUGUGUAGUGUGCUACAGUCUUUCUAAUCUUGUCUGUCUGCAUAGAAAGAAAACUGUCUUUAAUAAAGAAGCAAUUGAUAAAGGGUUACUGUGGUAGACACCUGUAAGGAGACUGUGUUCUGCAAUAUAUAUAAUUUCUUUCCGAUGUUUUAUUUGUAAAAGUUGUUCACUGCACACUAAUGGGUGUUGCUUCAGUCAUUCAUGUAGCUUGGUUUGUUUGCAGUUCUAAACAAUUAUUUAUUCAGCUGUAUGGAAGUUAACUGAUUGUGAAGCAAGCAUUCGUGUGUGACGAUACAGUACUUACUCUGCAGAAGUGUUUAGGCAACGAUGAAAGAACUCUUGUGGGAGAGCAGAGGAGUCUUGACUGUUCCAUCGUGUUGCAAUCUGUCCUGUAGUUGUUUGUGGGUUUUUAUGCUAUUAUCUAAUCCGUAUAAUAAAACAGCAACUGGCAGUAAGCCAGCUUUGAUGUUCUAUGCAAAUUGUAUUUAUUGGAGCUGUUUAAAAAAUAAAGUUGUACCACAAAA